AUGAAUUUGGUAUUAGAGAAGGCAGAUAAUAUUUUGAAUUCAGACUUCCUUAUUGAGUGUAUACGUAAGGUACAACUGCCCCUGCAGCUACUAUACUACGCUACAGAUUUGGUGUCAUGUACAAGUAUGUAUACAGAUAUUGAAAAGCAAGAUUAUCGCAAUAAAAUUCCAGAAGCACACGUCAUUAAGGACUUUCUGGACACUCUGGAAGAGAAAGGUUAUAAACUAACCACCGAUUCCAUGAUUUACGGGGGUUAUUACGAGGAAAUAACCAGAUACGAACAAAACAUGGCGAAUAUUGUACCACAAAAUUUGUUAAGUGGAUGUGAUUGGACCACAAAAGCAUGGACACCCGAUACGGCCUAUGCAUCUUCGUCCCACGAUUGUACAUAUUUUGAAACUGACGUGGAUAACGAAGAUUUCAACCACUUUAUAAGCGUGCUACAAAAUAUAACCAUUAAUACAUAG